AUGAGUUCGCCGUUCGAGAUGGAAACAACAAUUUCGCAUAAUCAAGUACGGGAAAAUCUUGUACUUUCUGUAUGGCCUAGUUGUAAACAUCUAAUAACGAUUGAUCCAAAUUCUUUAGCAGCUUCAUUAUGGCUUCGUGCUCAAGGAUAUUCUUGUUCAAUUGUUAAUGCUAAUCGACAAUUAUCUAUGAUAUUUGGAACUUAUCCAACAUUGUAUGAUGUUUCAAAUAAUAAACAUUAUGUCGGCUUUGAUUCAAUAUAUCAAUAUAGUCGAAAAUUAGAUCCAACAGCUGAUGAGCUUGCUCUGUUAGCGACAUUUAAACGUCUAUUUGUUCCAGCAUUUAUGCAUUCACAAUGGUUUGAUGAUAUAAAUAGAGCAUCAUAUCGAGCUUUAUAUCAUUAUACAAUUGGUUUACCAACAAGUUUAUUUUAUAUUCGAAAAAAAUUUACAUCAGCUCAAACAUGGUUAAAUAUUGUUGCAAAUAAAUGUUCAUAUUCAAAUGAACAACAAAAUCAAAUUUAUGCUGAUGCUGACAAAUGUUUAUCUAUAAUUGAAAAUGAAUUAGCAAGACAUAAUCAACCCUAUAUUGGUGGAGAAAAAUUUUCUCUUAUUGAUACAUGGGUUAGUGCUUAUCUUCUCGUACUUUCUCAUCAUGCAUCUGAAAAAUCUCGAUUACGAACUUUAUUUAAUCAACAUACACGACUUGUUAAUUAUGUUAAACGUAUUGAUGAAGAACAAUUCUUAUUAUUAACUAAAGAGAAUGAAAGUCAUGCUCUUUUAUCUUCAUCAUCUUCAGAAAAUUCAAUUGAUAUUGUUUCAAUAUUACAUAUCAUCUCACAAGUUGUAUCAUUUUCAAUCUUUUUUUUUAUGUUAACAAAAAUUGGUGCAAAUUCUCAUACGAUUACAUCAUAA